AUGGACAAAAAGGAUGAAACUGUGACUCUCAAGGCGAAGGCAACCCAUCCUCCGUCCCGGCCAGUGACCAAGGCUCCGACCUCCAGACUGUCGACAAGUUCUACGACUAGACCGACCUCUACCUCUACUGCUACCUCGUCGGCUGCUAGGCAUACCGCCGGAAGUUCUUUGAGCAAGCCGCCAGCCAGACCGACUGCUGCAAGCACAACCGUUCGCAAACCCUCUGCCACAGCCUCGACUUCCUCAAUUGCAACCCAUAAGAAAAGAGAAUCAGACACGUCGGUGUCGGUGGACGAGAAGCCUUCUGGCGACGAGAAGAGCAAAGAUGGCAUAUCUGCAAGACCAAAGAGGAUGUCUCUGGCACCCUCCACGACGUCUGAUCGAGCCUCUGCCUCCAAGUCCGUUGCGGCCACCCCUGCUCGACGAACAUCCAUGCAAGCCGCAGGGACAUCAAGUCAACAACCCACCAGCAGUCCAAUUGGCGCGAGGAAGGUAGCUGCCACCCCGAGCGCCGCCCGUACCUUGGCCUCGACCAGUUCUGCUACGCGAUCGAAGGCCCUCGCUUCCUCCUCAAGAAGUGUUGCUACCGGACCGCUUGCUGAGAAGAAGCGCCUGAGCACAAUCCCUGCUUCCCCUGCCGUCAAGACCGGUAUUGAAGAGCCCGAAGAUAACAAGGAAAAUAUAUCAUCAGCCGCAGAAGAGAAGGCUGCCGGGAAUGCCCGUCCCGCGCUGGAAUCGAGGAAAUCCACGAGAUCGCUCUUGAUUGAGCAGCGGAUAAGAGAGUUUGAGCUUGUCAAUAGCAUGUUGCAAGCAGCUAUGACCGCAGAUGGUGCCGAUGAACAAGAACAACAGUCCAUGAAUCAAGAUGCCGCAAGUAAAAUCGCAAAACUCAAGUCGGAUCUUGCCAAGGUCAGGGAAUUCGAACGUACUCACGGUCGAGUACCAAGUGCCGCGGAAUUAGAGGAGCUGCAAUCGGUGGCUGAAGAAACAGCUCCUGAGUCCGCGGUUGAAGCAGUGGAAAACAUUGAGGCUGCGGCUGCAACGGAGCCGCAGGACGAAACCCUUCAAAGCCAGGCCCAAGUCGCCGCCUUACAAGCCGAGUUGAUAGACUUGAAGGCGAAACUCGAACAGUUCAGCAAGAGCGCGGAGGAAGAGAGCCUACGCGUGCAGGAAGCUACGGAGGCCAUGAGAAAUGAGCAUGCCGCGAAAAUUGACCAACUUACCUCACUCCACGAGACCAAGCUUUCGGAAAUGGAGAGUGCACAUCAAGAAGAGGUGCGAGGGCACGAUUCCAAAAAAGACCAGCUCUCUCUUGAACUCGCCCUUGCGCAGGAGGAGAUUGAGCGGUCCAAGUUAGAACUGGAAGAACUUCGCAAUGCCGCUAUUGAACAGGCUUCGACGAGGGACAGUAACGCGGAGCUCCAAGAGGAGCUCCGCACCAAGAAUGCAACUCUCGAAGCUACUUACCAAUCACAGCUUGCCGAAAGCCAAAGCAAGCUUGAUGAAUUGGCUACAGAGGUUGUGAACAAACAGAAAGAAAUCGCCCAGCAACAGGAAGAACUGGCUAAAAUUAAUGCGGAAACGUCUCGCCAAAGUGAAGUCAUUGUAUCGUUGAAAAAUCAAGUUCUGGAAUUCCAACAAGCAAGGGAUGAGGAAAGCAAUGCCCGGGUCGCACUAGUCAGAGAGCUCGAGAACCAGAUCAAAGAUCUACAACAAGAAAAGGUUGAUGCGAACGCCGCCGCCGCUUCAUCCCUCGCGGCCGUCCAGGAAGCACAUACGGAAGAACUAGAAGCUAUCAAGCGGCAAUUAAGUGACGCGCAAGAAGAACUGAAGAAGGCACAGCAUUCGCAAGAAAGCGAAUUGCAAAAAGUGUUGAAGAAAUCCGAAGCAGACCUGAGCGCCGCAAACGCCGAGCUUGAAAGUUACAAGGCUUCGCAUUCAAGUAGAAUCCAAGAUCUCGAAGCUCAGUUACAAAAGACCAAAGAUGAAGCAGAGGCAAAGAGAGCGGGGCACGAGGGAGCUCUCGCAGCGAUGCAAAGUCAAGUAGAUACAGCCAAGACCGCUCUCGACCAGGCUACCGCAAGCCAUGAGCAAAUUUUGAAAGAUCACGAGGCCCAGAGCGAGUCUGCUCGAGAAGAACUUGCCGCAUUGAAAUCUCAUCAAAAGGAGCUCGAGAGCCUUCUGUCCGGAUCGCAAGCGAAACACGAGGAAGAAGUUGCGACGCUGAAAUCUGCUCAUGCCGAGCAGAUCCAGCAGCUCGAACAAAAGCUCCACGACUCCCACAAGGAAGUUUCAUCCCUCAAGCAAACACAUUCCUCCCAGAUCAAGCAGUUGGAGGACCAGAUGAACGCCUCGCUCAAGGAUUUGGAGUCUAUUGAAACCGGACAUGUGCAACAACUCGAUCGCAUGAAGUCCGAGGCAUCGGAGUCACAACAGAGGGCCGUUGAAGAGGCCGAGAAGAUUCAUAUUGAAAGAAUGCGAAACCUUGAGCAACAGCUGAAUGCCGCGGAGGCCGAGCUGGCAAAUGCAAGAUCCACCCAUUUGAAGCAGCUAGAAGAGGUUGGGCAAAAGCGAGCUACAGAACAUGAAAUUGCGCUGAACGCGUUGAAGGAAUCCCACGCCACUAUGGUCAUGGAUUUAAAGGGUCAGCUCAAAUCAGCUCAAGAGUCUGUGCAAACCAUCAAAGAUGAGCAUGCAAAACAACUGAGUCACUUGGAAGAGCAGAUCUCCUCGCGUCAUGCCGAGACAAUCACUUCUCUAAAAGCGGAGCAUGCACGACAACUUCAGGACAGAGAGAGCAAGGCCAAGUCUUUUCAUGAGGAGGCGCUUGACGAAUUACGAUCGAGCCUCGCAGAUGAGAAACGCCAGCUGGAGUCACAAACAAAAUCUCUUCAAGAGGAGCUCGAGGGUAACAGAUUCCAGACACAGAUGGUGAAAUCUAUUCUUGAAAACACAGAAAAAGAGGCCAAAGAAAAGGAGGAGGAACUCAAUGAAGCUCUCGAGAAACUAAAAGCAGACAUGUCGACUUCCGUGAUUAAACUUGCACGAAUGAGUGAGCUUCAGAUGGAACACGAUCAACUCUUGGAUGCAAAGAAGGUUUUGGAGGCUAGGGUUCACGAGGACAUGGAGGCGUUACGCGCUGAACAUGAAAAGGCGCUUGCCGAGCUCGAGAACACGCUGAAGGAACAACACGAGCAAGCUAUUGAGAAAGUGCGCGAAGAGCAUGCCAAAUCCGUCGAGUCCAGCCAAGCCGCAAACGAAUCUCAAUUCGAAGAACUAAAGAAAAAGAUGAAGGAAGAACAUGACAGCCAAUUGGAUGAGAUCAUGAAGACCCUGGAGAGCCAGUGGAAGACCCAAGUUGACCAACUAGAGGAGCAAAAUGCGGCCGCUAGUGCCCGCCUCGCAGAAACUGAGAAGCAACAUGAACAAACCUGGCAAAAAGUCAAAUCGGAACACGAAGCCGCACUCACGCAACUUCAAGCGGAGCUGCAGGGGGCGCGCAAUGCCGCUGAGUCCGGUCAAUCUUCAACCGCACAGCUGGAGGAACUUCGAACUCAACUUGCUGAAGCACAAGAACAUGCCAGAGAGGUUGAGAAAAAGCACCACGAAGCAAUGGUACUAGCAAACGAGGAACGAGAAUCUGCUCUCGCGGCGAUGAAGCAAGAGCUGAUUGCUGCGAAGGAAGCUGCUGCGCAGCGACCUGAUCCCUCACAGCUCGAAGAAUUGAAAAAGAAGUACACGGAUGCCCAAAAGGAGCUUGUUGCACUGCAGGAGAAGCACGACCAUGCGAUCCGCGAGGUCAGGGCAGAAUAUGAUGCCCAACUCGAAAAGGUCUUCACGGAGUUGAAUGAUGCCAAAUUGGCGGCGGAGAGGGCUCCUGAUUCAGAGCGCGUCGACGGCAUCAAGGCGACUCUCGACGAAGCAAAGAAGACUAUCGCGUCACUUGAAGCCGACCUGGAAGGAGCAAUGCUCGAAAUCGAAACUCAACGCAACCUCGCCGAGAGUGCUAGCAAAGAGGCGGAACGAUUCAAGACUGAGGCGACUACGCUUUCAAGCCCGAAGCCUCCUGAGAAACCUGUGAAUGCCACUUCUCCUAGAUCCCCAAAACAAGGUCUGGAAUCUAGUCGGUGGGCCAGCCCUGGAGAAGCAGCGUCUGAAGCAACAGGCGCCACAGCUGACGAAACGGCACCUGGCCCAGCGACGAAUGGGAAAAGUCUGAAUGUUGCAGGUCAGUUGGCCGGCAUCCAAGAGCAGAUCCGGCAGUUGGACGAUCUGAGCGAAGAUUUCCUCGAAGAGCAUCAGAAGAUGGCGGGGAUUUUGAGUCGCGUCGAAGAUGAGACUCAGACUCCGACGGCGGACGUUCAAAAGGACGACGAGGAUUUAGAUUAG